GUCCUUGACCCUGAGAAGCAGGCAGACCUGGCUGAUUCAUUGAGGAUCUACCUGCUUCAGUUCUCAACCUUGCUGGUUUAUUACCCAGUGAGACAUCACCUGGUUCAGCACAUGAUCAGUGCUAUGCAGCGAUUGGGCUUCACCCCUAGUGUAACUAUUGAGCAGAGGAAGUUGGCAGUGGACUUAGCUGAGGUGGUCAUCAAAUGGGAGCUCCAGAGAAUCAAAGACCAACAGCCGGAAUCGGAAGCUGAUCCAGUAAGUGUGGGCGAGGGCACGAGCGGAGCCUCUGGUGCUAUGAAGAGAGGAAUGUCUGUUGACACGGCACAAGACGUAAAGAGAUUUCGCACUGCUGCUGGUGCUGUCAGCACGGUCUUUGGCCGCAGUCAGUCGAUGCCAGGUACAGAGGCUCUACUUACCAAACCAGUGGAAAAACAGCACACAGAUACUGUGGUCAACUUCCUCAUCCGCAUCGCCUGCCAGGUAAAUGAUAGCACUAAUGUGGCAGGCUCUCCCGGUGAGCUGCUGUCCCGUCGCUGUGUGAACCUCAUGAAGACUGCCCUCCGACCAGACAUGUGGCCCCGUGCCGAACUUAAACUGCAGUGGUUCGACAAGCUCCUUAUGACUGUGGAGCAGCCAAACCAGGCUAACUUCUCCAACAUCUGCACAGGGCUUGAGAUUCUCAGCUUCCUUCUGUCAGUGCUGCAGCCUCCAGCCAUUCUUGCGCACUUCAAGCCCCUGCAGCGUGGCAUUGCAGCUUGCAUGACCUGUGGCAACACCAAAGUGUUGAGGGCAGUCCACUCCCUCCUGUCCAGACUCAUGAGCACCUUCCCCACAGAACCCA